AUGUUGAUGCUUUGUUUCCACAAAUGCUUCAAACGUUUGCUUGAAAUUAAGAGAAAGACUCACAAGAGGGACCGGUUAGAUCUGUAUAUCGGUAUGCUCAUCACCCGCUUUUUGUCUAUUAUCCUUGUGGGUUUUACAGUCCUUGUCUUACCACGCAGUGCUCAAGGUGAGUUUAACCUCUUCCGACUCUUGCUUAGUGACACCAUCAUUACUUUUCCCGAGAUAAGAACAACUCCCUUCAGUUAAAUCACUAAUGGCCAUCGAUCGUUCCUGAUCUGGUCAAACUAGAAUUUGAAUUAUACAAAGCUUUCAUGUGUUCCAAUUUAAUCGAUGUUUUUAUUUUCGGCAUCCUAUAGAUUUCUUCGAAAUCAAGUGUAAAAUUGAAUUGUUUUCCACCUAGCCUCUUUCCUAAACCCAUCUUCAAAUCUUUUGGCUUGACGGGAAUGAAAAAGCUAAAUAAACUGAGUCAAUUCUAUACUUAAGCUCAUGUGUCCACGCUAAUCCAAAAGCACAUGCGAACCCCGUUAUUUAUCAGUAGCGCGCGUUGUACACGAAAGUAACCUAGAUAGUCCUUGUGUAUGUUGCAGGCGUAAAUCCAAAUAAUUAAUUAAUAACUAAAAGAGGAAGCCAAAACAUUCUGGGGGAGCGCGAGUAAUUUAUUACGAUACAUUGCAGUCGAAUGCUUUUAAGCUUCCCCUUUUUCUAUGAUCCCUUAUUUCUGGACCACACAGAAGAAAGAGGCACACGCGCAGAAGCAACCUUAUUUUUAACUAAAUGUAAAUGAAGAGAUGAAGACAUGAAUCUUCAUAUUUUAGAUGCUUCCUCUAAACCUCUACUGAUUCUUGAUGCAUGUUAUUUUAACAGUAUGUCCAAAGAACUGGGUACGUUUUCAUAACUCGUGCUACAAGUUCUCUUCCAAGUCAGCCUCCUGGAAUGCAGCAAAAGCGUCCUGCGAAGCUCAAGGAUCCCAUCUCGUUGUGAUUAAUUCUCGAGCUGAAAAUCAAGCGAUUGGCACUCGUUCUUCACACACUAUGUUUAUUGGUUUGCACAGGGAUCCUAAAGACCAGUCUCGCUGGCUCUGGGUUGAUGGUUCGCGGCCAACCUUUACCAAUUGGUAUCGUGGAGAACCUAAUAACCUAAGGGAGGCGUGUGGCGAGUUGUAUCCUCAGAAGCACGGAUUGAAAUGGAAUGACAUCGGCUGUAGUGGUCCACGUCGUUACAUUUGCGAAAUCAGUGGUGAGUCAAUCCGAUCAUGGCCUAAGAACACAUUUCGAUUAGAUGCCUAAAAUCUGAAAUCCAAAUAUUCACAGCAUACUCAAUCGAGAGCCUCAAUGUGGUGACGGUUGGCGUUCAAACGACGUUAACUUGACAACUGUUAAAGGGCAAUGUUUACCGUAAACUGUCAAGAGCAGCGCAAUAUUUGCUGUCAAAAUAUAUCACGGUCUUUCAAAUCCUUCAAUUAAGAGCUGUUUGUCGCGGACAGUUAAUAUCUCGGAAAAAUCUCUAAACCGGUAAAUCCGUUUCCACGUUUCCAAAUCAAAACUAAUUUUAUGGUCAUUUCCACUAAUUUCGAGAUUUUUCAAUCUCUAAACGGCGUCAAAACGAACAUUGCAACUACCUUCUAUCCAAAUAUACUUCUAUUAGGUUUAAAAAAAUUCAAACAGAUUCUCAGUGGAUAACUUGUUCACGUUGUGACCACGCCAGUAUGGUGUACCAUACUCCUGCAAUCACGAGUUGCAAGUCGAGAGCAUGUCCGGAAAGUUCUGAAUCACACACACUUGUGGUGUAAAGCAGAGUAGGAAUCAGUCGAGAGAAAGGAAACCAAAAACAUCAUCAUUGUUCAUUUGAGAGAACAUGAUAUUGAUUUCUACGACAACCUUUGUUGGAGCUCAUUUGAGGUCGAGCUAUACACACCAAUAAGUAUUGUACGGAAAAUUAAAAAUUCCUAUAAAGACACGGACAAAAAUUUUGAGGGAUUCCCUCUAGCGAUAUUUUCAAAGUUCACAAUCACUAAACCAGAGAACUCAAAUUGGGAAAGGAGUUGACAGCUACUUAAAUAUUGUUUAUGGUUUUGCAGUGCGUUUUAAGUUUUCAUUUCAUUUCAUUGCCAUCACUGAAAGACCGAAAUCACUUCUGAAAAAGAUAAUUCGUAUCAAAAACUACGAAAUCAAUAUCAAGUGAGUUUCAAAUCACAAAUUUCUUCCUAACAAUUAUCAGCCGUCAAAAGCCCUAAAUUUCAAUCGUCAACCGUCAAAGUUCCUUCCCGAUUACAUGUGACCGACAUUGAGCGUUGAAAAGCGCCAGAGUAAGGUCAUCAUAACAUUUUUUCCUUCUCACUACAACUGUUUGCCUGGUGGUACGAGUUUUCAAAACCGACCGCAGAGUAAAAUGCAUCAAUGCCAAAUUAAAGCAUUCCCGGAUUACUUUCGGAACAGAAUUUAACAUUGCUUCACUGAAAAGUUUUUUGACCCCUUUCCAAGCACUUAUGCCCAUGUUAACAGAAUCUUUCAGCUCCCCUAUCACCUCACGCGUGUUAUAUCCAUGGCUUGCACAAUUGCCGUAACGGACGUCUGCCAAUUUUUAUACAUGUUAAAUCACAACUUUGGAUCAACUUGUUUUACUCGCACCAGCGGACACUUAUUGGUCUUUUUCAUCUCAGAAUAAUACAAAAAUAAGCCUUCGUCUGAGUACUAUGAUAAAUUUAUAUUAUUCUUAACUCUCUCGUUUAGCGUACGUUUUUAGUAUUUGUACAUGAAAUACGGAAUCUAAUCGACAAAAAUGGUAUUUUUUCCAAAGCUUUACCUUACCACUGAGUGAAAUAAAUUUCGUUAAAAAUUCAGCCUUUAGGAGCUUGUACAAUCAUGUGGAUUUGAUUCCCUCCUUUUUUUCAGUUGAGUGUCCAGUCCUUACAGUUGGUCGUCUCGUCAAAACCAUUCCAAACAAUUGUGUGACAUCACCGGCGAAACACAAUACCGAAUGCUCGUUCUCAUGUCCACAGGGAUACUAUUUACAAGGUCCUUCUAAGAAACAGUGUGGGACUAAUGGUCAAUGGACGGAUAGUGCCAAAUCUGUGACGUGCAAGGGUAAGUUUACUUUAUUCUGUCAGUUUUUUAACUAAAAUAAACUUUAUUUGCAACACUCAGAUUGUAACUCUUAUUUCAGACACCGACGAGUGUGCUGUGUCAAAUGGUGGCUGCAGUCACGAGUGCGUCAAUAUUGCAGGGGGCUACAAAUGUGAAUGUCCAGACCUAGAGCUAAGCUUAUCAUCAGAUAACAAAACAUGUCAUGGUUAGUAUAAACGAGUAGAAAUAACAUAAUUUCAUUCGUUUGCUAAAGUAAUCAUUUUCUCCAUCCCACUUUUUUCCGACAAAGUAAGAUUCUCUUUCUACGACAUUUCACUUUCCUUCCUUCUAAGAGAUAAAGAAACUUUUAUUUUUUCCUGAAGCUCCAGGGGUCAAUGUCCAGUGCAACAACAACAAUAUGACAAUUAUCAUUCCUAAGUCCCUCUUCCGUGGUCGCGACCGUGGGCGUCUUCGGCUCUUAGACUCAAGAUGCAAGGCUGAGGAAACCAACGCCUCCUUCUCUCUGACAACUCCGCUGACUGGCUGUGACACAAAACGCAGGCUUACACCGACAGCUAUCGUCUACUCCAACACAGUCUUUGAAAUCCCUGUGGCCGCUAAGGACGUCGCAACACGCGUGCGGGAAAUAGAAAUACCAUUCAGCUGCUACUUAUCCAAGUUUGGCGUGGUAUCAUCAAUUGGUUGGAGGCCGAGCAAUACAAAACUUAGGUUCAGUGAUGAAGGCAAAGGAAACUUCACACUUUCUCUGAAUAUGUUCCGUGACAAAAGAUUCGUGAGUCCUUACAUGAAGGAUGACUUCCCUGUUGAUGUGCUGCUUCGUAAACCUCUCUUCUUUGAAGUGUCAGUGACACCGACUGACAAGAAGUUGUCAAUCAUGGCUGAUCGAUGCUAUGCCACGCCCACUCAGGAUGAGAAAAGUUCUGUAAAUUACGAAUUUAUAAAGAAAGGGUAUGUGAAAGAUAAUUAUAGGUAAUAUCUUAUUUGUUUUUGAUCUUUUUUUAAUCGGUGCGCAGGUUCCAUUUAAUCUUUAAUAAACUUGAUCUCCACCUCUUGCACAUUAGGAAAAAUAAAUGUAGGUAACAGGCACUUCGUGAAAUAGGGAUUGAAAUCCAAUCAGUGCAUAACGUUUUUUCUUAGAUGUCAGAAUGACGUUACCGUGAAGUAUUACUCUGGGCCUUCAUCGAGUGCUCAGCGGUUUAGCUUGGAGGCUUUCAAGUUCAUUGCAGAUCAUCCAUUCGUAUUCGUGCACUGCCACGUAAUUGUAUGCAACGCAACGAACCCUGCUUCGCAGUGUGCAAAAAAGUGUCCAUCAAGUGGCCGAGGUAGACGUGCAGUAAGUGAUCACGUGACUGAUGACGUGUAUUCUUUGGCCCAGGGCCCGAUCCGCCUCGCACGAGGCAAGCGAGAGAGAAAGAAGGAGAAUGCCUUUACUGAAAAUGGUAAAUAACAUGAAAUAAAAGUGUUAUUAUGGUGUUGUGGUUUCUUUGACAUGCAAGUGGUGGAACCAAUGUUGAUAUUUGUAGUUCUUUGGAUUUCUAAACAAAAGGCCCUUUCAGAAGGUUUGCUAUUAUUUUCCACCAGUUCGUAAUUUUAUUCAUCAUUUUCUCUUUUCUAUUUCCUUAGGAUCCAGUCCUUUCUUCAUGAUGUCUGUGUUUGUGAUGUGCGCUGCUUGCUUGGUAGGAACUGCGCUGAUGAUCGUUAAGAAGUCACGUGACAAGCCCAUUGGCUAUACUCCGCUUGCUAGCGGAGGUCAGGAGUAAACACAUGCUCUAUGACAACGAACGGACUUGACAAAUCUUGUGAAAACUUGAGUAGGAGAUACCAAAAAAAAAAAAGCAUGGAAGUCCUUUCCUUUCAUCCUUUCCCUUUACCAAACAAAGCAAUGCACAUUUCGAUGGAAUCUUUAAAUAUCAUAACUCCUGAAUGAUGAAAGUUGAAAUAACCAGACUACCUUUCGGGAACACGAAAAGGAGUCAUAACACCAAACUCAACAAGACUUUCUUCAUUGCAGAAUUGACAGUGCAAGAAGAUUUCAAAAAUUAUCAUGCCAGCCUAACGAUGUUGUUGUUUUCCGGCCUUUGCCUUUAAAACUUAAUUAAAUCCGACCUGCUCCAGAUUAUCUUCACUAUUAAAAAAAUUUAAGUUCUUUAACCCCUUAGUUAUGAUGCAUUGGUAAAGGAAACAUCCUUACUUUGAUAUCUGCUACUCAAGUUUGACUCAAUACGAAGAGAUUGGCUGGUCUCAAAACUUUGUUAACUCUGCUUAUUUAAUGAAGCAUGGUUUAUAGGACUUUUCAAUGAUCUACUCAUUACCGGAAAUGUCGAAAAGUAUUAUUCAAUAAGGGUGCUUGCUGAGUAGAAAGAAGUAUUUGCUUUUUUUCGUUGAAGUAUUCUGAGUAAGUUUAGAAAUCUGCAUUAAGUGCGGGAGUACGUUAGCAGUUGUUCAGUUUUUUUACCAACUCUGAGGAGAGAUGCUUAGAGAGAAGUGAAAAGAAUACAAGGAGGUACUGACCUAUGACAACACUGAUUGCUUGUCAGUGCGCUGUAUUAACUACUACAUCAAAUUGGUCAUUUGAUAAACAUUUUAUCGUGUAGAAGUGUGAGAAAAUUUUAAACUUCCGAAAAUGAUAACGACAAAAAACAUACCUUCUGUAACUGAGUUUACAAUUUGGGAUGAUGCUGGAUAAAGGAAAAUGAUACUUUAAUCAAGAUUUAGGAUGUUACUUUUACCUGAUCAUUAUACUAGCAAAGGAAGCAGGUAUCGGAGGAAAGCCUCAUACUCACAAUUAACAACAUGAGCUAACGACUAUAUUUUACUAGCAAUUUCAUACUCAGAUAAGGUGUUGGGAUUUUGCUACUGUUUUGUCAACUAGCGGUUCUAAGGAAAUAAAAUCUUAAACUGAUUUUUUUGCGGUAGUUAAUCAUGAUUUAUACCUAAG